GCAAAACGAAGAUAAUGAAGAAUUUUUGCCAACUGGAGAAACCUCCAUAGACUCCUACCCAAACUGGUUAAAAUUCCACAUUGGCAUUAAUCGGUACGAGUUGUAUUCCAGACAUAAUCCUGCAAUUGAGGCUUUACUACAAGACCUGGUCUCCCAAAAGAUAACCAGUGUUGCGAUGAAAUCAGGAGGCACCCAGCUGAAGUUGAUCAUGACGUUCCAGAACUAUGGACAAGCAUUGUUCAAACCAAUGAAACAAACCAGAGAACAAGAAACCCCACCUGACUUUUUUUAUUUCUCAGACUAUGAAAGACAUAAUGCAGAAAUAGCAGCAUUUCAUUUGGACAGGAUCCUGGAUUUCCGUCGCGUGCCACCGGUUGCAGGUAGACUGGUUAACAUGACGAGAGAAAUACGAGAUGUUACUCGUGACAAGAAACUGUGGAGAACGUUUUUCAUCUCACCAG